AUGACUUGGUCAGAGCCCAGCAAUGAGAGUCUGUGGAAUCAAUCAAGUGCCUACCUGCCAGGUGGGAAUGGGACUGAUAAUGGCACCUCCUUGGCAGCAGCCUUGGACCUGCAGGCUCUGAGUGUGGGCAUUGUCCUGGCAGUUUUCAUCCUCUUUGCCAUUGUUGGUAAUAUCCUGGUGAUCUUGUCUGUGGCAUGCAACAGGCAGCUGCAAACGGUCACCAAUUAUUUCAUCAUCAACCUAGCCAUAGCUGACCUCCUUCUAAGCACCACUGUGCUGCCCUUCUCUGCCACCCUGGAGGUGCUGGGUUCUUGGGUCUUUGGUAGGAUCUUCUGUGACAUCUGGGCUGCUGUGGAUGUCCUCUGCUGCACUGCCUCUAUCAUGAGUUUGUGUAUCAUAUCCAUAGACAGGUAUGUAGGGGUGAAACAUUCCCUCAAGUACCCAACCAUAAUGACUGAGAAGAAGGCUGUGGUCAUCAUCAUCCUCCUGUGGGUGUCCUCCAUGGUCAUCUCCAUUGGACCUCUGUUGGGUUGGAAGGAGCCUCCACCAGCGGAUGACAGCCAGUGCAGCAUUACUGAAGAACCUGGAUACGCUCUCUUCUCUUCCCUCUUCUCCUUCUACCUGCCCCUUCUAGUUAUCCUCAUCAUGUACUUCAAAGUCUACAUUGUGGCCAGAAGGACCACCAAGAGCCUAGAGGCUGGUGUCAAGAGGGAAAGGAACAAGUCCAUGGAGGUUGUCCUCAGGAUUCACUGCAGAAGUUUAGGGGAGUCCAGUGCCAACUCCAGGAACAAGGGGCACACUUUUAGGAGUUCACUGUCUGUAAGGCUGGUUAAAUUUUCCAGGGAGAAGAAAGCAGCCAAAACACUGGCCAUAGUGGUUGGGGUGUUCAUCCUCUGCUGGCUACCAUUCUUCAUUGUGCUACCAUUAGGUAAGUGGACACUACCUAUCAUCCCCACUUGUGGUUUCAUAUCUCAGGUUUUAUAG